GCCCUCAGAUUCCUUCUUCUCCUUCGAUUUUAGUUCUUCAGCUUCUCUAUUGUUUCCUCAAAUUUCGAAUCUUUCACUGUAAUUUUCCGUUCUAAUGGCUAUUAAGGGUGAGAAACCAUCGAAGCGCACCACUAAUCCUGGUGUUAGAGUCGUCGGAGGAAGAAUCUACGAUUCCAGUAAUGGCAAAACCUGUCACCAGUGUCGACAGAAGACGAUGGACUUCGUUGCGUCUUGCAAGGCAAUGAAGAAGGACAAGCAAUGUACCAUUAACUUUUGUCAUAAGUGUUUAAUAAACAGGUAUGGUGAGAAUGCAGAAGAAGUAGCAAAGUUGGAUGACUGGGUAUGUCCUCAGUGUAGAGGCAUCUGCAAUUGCAGUUUUUGCAGGAAGAAACGGGGGCUAAAUCCCACUGGGAUAUUGGCACACAAAGCUAAAGCCAGUGGAUUAGCUUCAGUCUCUAUGCUUCUUGAAGUUGAGGGGCAUGAUAACUUUGCUUAUCAGAAGAAGCCAAAACUGAAUGAUGAUUCUAUGGAAGGUAGUAGUGGGAAUAGUGAUUCUGUUUCUGGGAUAGAUGCUGAAGUAGCUGAUGUUGCCAAGGAAAAGAAAAAAGUGGUGGGCAAGAGCAAGAAAGCCAAAGCCACUCACAAGCUGAAAGAGGAGAUUCAGUUUGAGGCUCAACUGCCACAGGGUCUUAGCUUGAAUUCUGUUUCAGGCAUUGUUAUACCAACUGAAGAAGCUGGAAAUGUAUUCCAGCUUUUUGAGUUUUGCUCAGCCUUUGGAAAGGCUCUUGAUUUGAAGGAAGGACAAGCUGAAACUGUUGUUCGUGAGCUCUUCUCAUGUGGGCGUAACACAAGGAGACAACAGUACUGCUCUAUUAUCCAGCUGAUGAUCCAAUUGUUGGAUUUAAUAUCACAGGAUAGAGAAAUGUCCUUGUCUCUAAGUGUAUCUGACAGCAGUUGGUUCACUGCUCUUGGAGAGAUCUUAUUGCAGUCAGAAGUUUUGAGUGAUGUGUUCCCACCUGAAACUUUUAAAGCAGGUGUUGCUGAGUAUGAGAAGAUGGAUGCAUCAAGAAGGCUCAAGCUUCUCAACUUCGUUUGUGAUGAAUCACUUAGCACCUGGGCAAUGAGGAAUUGCAUUAAGAGCCAGAAGUCUGAGUGUAAAGCAAAUGACAAAGUAGCUAAACAAAAAGCUGCAGCCGCAAAGGAAAAGGAGAAGCAGCUCAAACAGAAGUUGGAAGGUGAUGUUGCCAAAGCCAUUAUGAAGAAAAACGGAGCUCCAUUGUCCAUUGAGGAACACAACGCAAUUCUGUCUCAAAUAAGAGCUGAAGCUAAAGAAGGUCAUGAUGAAUUGAUGGAGGCAAAGGGCAUGGCAGCUGGAACGAUGCGUAUAUGUGAUGCGCGUAGAACUGAACCAAUCAUGGUGGAAGAUAAUGGUCUUGUUCUCUGGAAAUUGAACUGCUAUGAAGAAGAACCAAAUUUUUUGCUUCAAGAUCUAGGAACAUUUGAUGGUUUAUGUCCACAUGAAAAAUGGUUAGCUUUUAAGCCUGAGCAGAAACCAGACAUAGAGAACUAUAUCUCUUACAAGAGGAGAAAAGUGAUGCAAACACAGAAGAACACAAUUGUGGAAGUAUAAGAAUCAGAAUUCAGCACCAAGUCCCAACAAAAAGCUGAACAACCUUGAAGGUUUUUGUAUGAGAAAUUGAGAAGACCAUUAUGAAACUCAUUUCUUAUUCUCUUUUGGUUUUUGUCUUCUCUGGUUAAAUCCGGUUUAAUCAUAUUGCAUAGAUCGAUUGUAAACUGGUCAAGUUUUUUGGUCUAAUGAAAACCGAGUAUGAUA